GGCAUCCCUUCAGCACAUCAGCCAUGGCCCCGAAGAGACGUUCAGCAGCGGUCGCCAGCAACCUCACCACCAUCUUUGACCAGAGCAAGAUCCAGGAGAUGAAGGAGGCCUUCACCGUCAUUGACCAGAACCGCGACGGCGUGAUCACCAAGGAGGACCUGAUGGACACCUACGCCGCCAUGGGCUGCCUCAACGUGCCCAAGGAGGAGCUGGACGCCAUGAUAAAGGAGGCCAAGGGGCCGAUCAACUUCACCACCUUCCUCACCAUGUUCGGGGAGAGGCUGAAGGGCUCAGACCCGGAGGACACAAUCACUGCUGCCUUCAGGGUCCUGGACCCCGAGGGCAUGGGCACCCUCAAAAAGGAGUACCUGGAGGAGAUGCUGAUGACUCAGUGCAACCGCUUUACUGAAGAGGAGAUCAAAAACAUGUGGUCCGCCUUUCCGCCCGACCUGGCAGGGAAUAUUGACUACAAGAGCAUCAGCUACACCAUCACCCACGGGGAGGAUAAGGAAGAGUAA